AAGUGUCAAGAACGUUAUUCAGGCAACACUGCGGAGAUGAACUCUGCCCCAGGCUUAGUGACUGUGGUACUCUUAGUGCUUGGACAAACUCGUGGAGACUCAGUGACCCAGACGGAAGGCCAAGUGAUCCUGCUUAAAGGGGAUUCCCUGACUCUGAACUGCUCCUAUGAAGCCCCAGGUUAUCCCACUCUCUUCUGGUAUGUUCAGUAUCCUGGAGAAGGCCUACAGCUCCUCCUGAGAGCCACGAGGGCCGAUGAAAAAGGAAGCAACAAAGGUUUUGAAGCCACAUAUCGCAAAAAACCAAAUUCCUUCCACUUGGAGAAAGCCUCAGUCCAAGAGUCAGAUUCGGCAACAUACUUCUGUGCUCUGAAUGACACAGUGACAGAGAGUUGGGGCCGUCCCAGAUGGGGCCCCGGAACGGGAGUGUCCACAGCUGACAGGGGGAGAAGGAGGAGACCUGACCCAGAGCUCCGAGAUGGCCCCACUUGGGUGUUUCUUGGGCUAUUUUACCAGUCUGGAAACUGCCUCGUUUGUCGCAGUGUGUACCGAGUGCAGUGGUUCCGACAGAAUCCUGGUGGUGGCCUCAGCAGUCUAUUUCACUUGACCUCAGAGUCAAAACAGGUUGGAAGGCUGAGCUCCACAAUACAUUCUAAGGACCUGUACAGUACCCUUCACAUCACAACCUCCCAGCUGGAAGACUCAGCCACUUACUUCUGUGCGGCGGAGGCACAGCGCUCCCAGGUGAUGUGCAGCCUGAACCCAAACUGCAGCUGGGCCUGCAGCUCCACCCCUUCCAUGCGACAGGCCUGUUGA